UAAAUGUUCACUUAUUUACAGCAUUAACACGAGACGCACGGAGCUGCUCUCUAGGGAGGCCAAUGGUGCUUCCAUUGUAUGCUAAUGACUCGCGUGUAACCAUUAAAGCCACACACUGGUUUUAUGACGUCUGACAAAAGUGAUCAUAUUAAUGUUCCACCUGUUUCCCCGUAGAGCAGCAAUCUGUUUCUGAGGACCUUUGCUCCUGCUCGUCCCGUUAAAAACCCAAAGCAUGUCAGGGAUACCUCUGCAGGGAGAUGCUCAGUGUGCACUGUCAGGGCUGCACACACCGUCAGUUAAACUAGUUUUUACUUCUUAGCUGUUUUUAAAGUCCUCUCUGCAGCCAUGACCACUUUUGACGACAUCUUGGAGGAAGCGGGGAAGUUUGGCCGCUGUCAGAAGCGGAUCUUCGCCCUGCUGUGCUUGGUGUCCAUGCCCUGGGCCGGGGUCUACGUGGGCAUCGUCUUCCAGGGUUUCACCCCGGAUCACUGGUGCCGGGACCCCGCGGUGGUGGAGAGGAGGCAGGCCUGCAGCUGGAGCCUGAUGGAGGGUCGCAGGCUGACAGUGCCUCUUGUGAACAGCUCAGGGUCGGUGCAGCCGAGCAGCUGCGAGCGCUACCAGGUGGACUGGAACACCACGGCUCUCAGCUGUGAUUCACAGGAACUGGACCUCAGCAAAAUACCAACCACUGCAGCCUGCAAAGACGGCUGGGAGUACGACUAUGAGGGGAGACAGUCCUUUGUUACUGAGUUUCACCUGGUGUGUGCAGAUGCAUGGUUGGUGGAUAUGUACCAGGCCACGCUCAACGUGGGCUUCCUGGUGGGGAGCAUCGCCAUCGGCUACCUGGCCGACAGGUUUGGCAGGAAGAUCAGCUUCCUGAUGUCCAACCUGUUGAACGCGGUCACAGGGAUCAUGGUGGCCGUGGCUCCGAACUACGUGACUUUACUCGUCUUCAGAGCGCUGUACGGCUUCGGAGUGAAGGGCGGCUGGGUGGCCGGAUACGUGCUGAUCACCGAGCUGGUGGGGGUGGAGUACAGGCGCACAGUGGGGGUCCUGUACCAGAUGUUCUUCAGCGUCGGCAUCCUCAUCCUCCCGCUGCUCGCCUACUUCAUCACAGACUGGCGCUGGCUGCAGGUCGCCAUCACUGCGCCUUACUUCGUCUUCCUGUCAUACUACUGGUUUAUCCCAGAAUCUCCCAGAUGGCUCCUCUCCCAGAACCAUAAGUCCAAAGCUGUGGAGAUCACCGAGGCCAUGGCCAAAGAGAACAAGAUGACCCUGUCCAAAAACAUCGAGAAUCUGACCGAUGAUAACGCAGACACCCGCACCGCCUCCUUCAUGGACCUGAUCAGAACUCCAAAGAUGAGGAAACACACUCUCAUCCUCAGCUUCAACUGGUUCACCAGUGCCAUCGUGUACCAGGGUCUGAUCAUGAGGCUGGGCAUUCUGGGAGGAAACGUCUACAUCGACUUCCUCAUCUCCGGCCUGGUGGAGUUCCCCGCUGCCUUCCUCAUCCUCUUCACCAUCGAACGCAUCGGCAGACGCAUCCCCUUCGCCACCGCCAACAUCGUGGCCGGAGCCGCCUGCUUCAUCACCGCCAUGAUCCCCGACAGCAUGUUCUGGUUCAAGACGGUGGUGGCCUGCAUCGGUCGGCUGGGGAUCACCAUGUCCUUUGAGAUGGUGGUAUUUGUGAACACUGAGCUCUACCCAACCUUUGUCAGGAACUUUGGAGUGUCUGUCUGCUCGACUCUGUGUGACGUGGGAGGCAUCGUGGCUCCCUUCCUGCUCUACAGACUGGCCGUCAUCUGGCUGGAGCUGCCUCUCCUCAUCUUCGGGUCUCUGGCUUUCGUGGCCGGGGGUUUGGUGUUGUUGCUUCCGGAGACCAGAGGCAUUCCGCUGCCCGACACCAUCGACGACAUCGAGAACCCAGGGAGGAUGAAGGAGAACACUGCCCUGAGGAACCAGCAGCUGACCAACCUGCUGCCCACUGAAAACAUCUCGAGCAGCACGGAGCCGGCCACAGUUUAGCUGUCUGUGACUGACAGAAGUAUUUAUUUAUGGGUUCUUUAGAUACCUCUUAGAUUGUGUGCUGCUAAAGUUCUCUCUGAAUAUUAUCACACACAAACGAUUUAAACCUCAGGGACGAGUGUCGUUGGAUUGAAAUGUGUGUGACGGGAGACGGUUAUCAUGUGAUUAUUAUAUAAAUACUUAAAUUAUCAGAGAUCCCCGUGCUGCCAGUGUUUAUUAAAACAUGUAUUCAACUUU